AUGGUUCGCGGCCAGCGCCGUCGCCAUGAUUCUCCCAAUCAGCCUGCCGGAUUGUGUUGCGUACGACAAUGCCUACGAGCCAUCGCUGCCCGGCUAACAAGCCGUCGAGUUGUCGUUGCCAUUGCUUCUCGAUUUACGAAUAGAAGAUUUGCCUUUGCGCUAGCUGUUGUGUCGGUGCUUGGUGCCAAGGCCGUGCAUAUUCACACUCACAUCACGGCAUUGUCGAGGGUGCAUCUGUUGCGCUGGGGCUACUCGUUCUUUGCCCAAGACUUGGCACUUCUCCUGAUAAUACGACUGUUGUUGGACAAUUGGGUCUUCUCGGUGGUGCGGCCAUUACGAGCACUAGCCACGUUUGCCGCCAGCAUUUUGCUGUCAUUCGUUAUUGCAUUAGGCGUCAUCAACGUUUCCUUCUUCGUCGUUUCGGGUUCAGAAAUCCACUGGCGCAACAUUGCAUUGGCCAGCGACUCUUCCUCCUGGUCAAUGUUUCUCUCUGGGUUAUUUUCGCUAGCGCUGGUCGUGUGCGUUGCCUUUGUAGCUGGCUGGGUGCUGCAGGAUGCUGUCUUUGAUCUAUUUGGUGUCGGCACCGAUUUGGUCAAGUGGCCUGCGGCUGCCGUCCUACAAGGGAUUCCUGGUAUAAAUCGCCUCUCACACCAGGCUAGCAACUACGACGUAGUCCCCCAGCAAGACGUUGAAUAUGGCGAAAAGUUCGACGACAGCGACGGAGAACCAAUGUUUGGCAUUUCCGCAGCGAAAGAGGCCCCCAAUUGGCGGCGGUGGAUCAAACCACUUCUGUACCUGUUUACAUUUGCGGCCUUGACAGCCCAAAUUAUUCUCUUCUUUAUUCGACCCCACGAAAGCUCUCUGAUUUUCAUGUCUUGGACAUCUGCUUUGCUACCAUUUGUAGACUUUUCCAAUUCUUCUCCGAACCUUGACAACAUGCAGCCUGUCUACGGCUCUGGCAUCGGUCGUUCUUGGGAUAAUCUCACAGCUGUCCACAACGUAUCGUCUCCAGCCGGAAUACCGUCGUCAUUGGCCCGAACCAUGGACUUCUGGCACCAAUAUGUUCCCGAAAGGCACUACAGUGCUGCCAACGACCCGCUCAAAAUAUCGAACAUGAAGGAUAAUGUUUUAGCCGACCUCCGAGACAAGCUGUUACAGGUGCCUAUCCGUCAUGUUGUACUUAUAUUUCUCGAGAGCACCCGUAAGGAUUUUUUUCCCGUAAAAAAGGACGGCCUUGUAUGGGGAAAACUGGCGCAGUCGUUUGAGAAUGGGACCUUGCCUGAGGAUGCACAAGAGAAGCUAGCCUCCUUGACACCAAACGCAAAUUUCAUUACCGGAGAUUAUGACGACGGAUUUCCACACCCCAAGGACAAGGUCAAAAGACGCGGUGGCCUCAAUUUUAACAAUGCGUUUACGCCUGCGACUUACACAUUAAAGAGCCUCGUCGGAACACUUUGUGGCGCAUCACCACUGGUUGCAGAUUUCAAUCUUGAGGUUGUUCACAGACUUCCCGCACCUUGUAUGCCACAUAUUUUUGAUGCACUAAAUCAUAUCCAUCUCGCAAAGGGGGAGCGCGACGACAAAGCCGGCAGAGCAUUCCUCUCGGAUAAAUGGACCUCAUCAUUUAUGCAAUCCGUCACGAUGGAUUUUGAUAGCGAAAAGGGAUUGCUAGAAAACAUGGGAUAUCCACGGGAAAAGCUCAUCUCCAAGGAGUAUUUGAAAGGAGAAAAGGGAAACGUUCCCAAGUUUGGAAUAUCUGAUUUACCGGACGUUAAUUAUUUUGGUAUUCCCGAAAGUCCAUUAGAGGAUUAUAUUCGGGAUACGUUUGUCUCGGCCAAGGAGAGAAACGAGCGAGUAUUUCUCACCCACCUUACGAGCACGAGCCACCAUCCCUUUGGACUUCCCGAGAAUGAGACAUAUGUGCCUAUGGCUCACGGCAUGGAAGACUUUUCAAAGUACAUCAACAGCCUUGGGUACGAUGACAAGUGGCUGGGCAAGAUACUGGGCAUGCUGGAUGAGCAAGGAGUGGCAGACGAGACUCUCGUUGUCAUGGUUGGCGAUCACGGCCUAUCUAUGCCCGAGAAUGGACUGGUUUCAGCAUAUUAUAAUCCGAAUGUUGGCAACUUGCACGUGCCCUUGGUUAUAUCGCAUCCGAAGUUACCCGUGAUCAACAUUGACGACGCUGUCACCUCUUUGCAGAUUCUCCCCACGAUUAUGGACUUGCUUGUUGAGACAGGUUCACUUGCGCCGGAGCAUGGUCGGGUUGUGAAAAGCCUGACAGCCAGGAGUUACGAAGGACAGACAAUGAUUCGAGAACUACGAAAAUCAUCGAAAACCGGUCAAGGAGACUGGCAAUUUACCAUAAUUAAUCCAGGGCGAGCCAUGGUCAGCGUUCGCGAUGCUCGCAAGCCACACCUGCGACUAGUAGUCCCUGUGAUCGACAACAUCGAAUGGCGAUUCACAGACCUCAGUUCCGAUCCGACUGAGCAGGUACCUGUGCAGGGCUUUGAGUUUGUUUCGUUUUUGCAUAGCGUUGAGCAGACGCACGGCAUAGAAAUCGCGAAAUGGGUAGAAGAAGCUGCUUUCAUCUCUCGAUGGUGGGUUGAAGACAAUAGCAAGCGAUGGCGUUAUGGUCCUUACAGAGACUACCUGCCGUAG